AUGUGGUCGAGCUCCAAGUGGACCUUCAACCAUGAGUCCUUCACCCGUCCGUUGCUCGACGGCCUGCCGAAGCCCUCGCCGGGCCGCAGGUUGGACGCCGUGACCUGCAACAUCGCCGUGGCCCCCGCGUCCAGCUCCCCCUCCCCGUCUGCCUCCUCCUCCGCCUCGCCGUCCGCCUCCCCCUCCCCCUCCCCGUCCGCCUCCCCCUCCCCCUCCCCGUUCGCCGGUGAGAUUCCCGACCUCCCGCUGCCGCAGCUGCGCGAGUUCAGCGUCUCCUUCAACCGCCUAAACGGAUCCAUCCCCACCUCGCUCCGCUCCAGGCCGCGCGCGGCGUUCCUCGGGAUGCCGGCCCUCUACGACGGGCCCCUCGGCCCUUGCCCUGGCGAGGCCCCUCCUCCUUCUCCGGCUCCCACGGGGACGACGCCCUCGCCGACAACACCGGCGACGAACGUCCCCAACGGCGGAAACGACGAACAAACUGACAAGAAGGGGAAGAAGCUCUCCGGCGGCGCCAUUGCCGGGAUCGCCAUAGCCUCCGUCGUGGGCGCCGCGCUUCUCCUGUUCCUCCUCAUCUGCCUCUGCCGCAGGACGGGGCGCACCAAAACACGGGCUCUGGAGAUGCCGCCUCCGUCCCCGUCCCCCGCCGUCAUCCCUGGCGGCCGAAAACCUCCCGAGUUGCCCAGCGGCUCGGCCCUGGCUCCUAUGGACACUGUCGGCCACCCCGCGGGUCAAUCGACUUCAGGGAAGAAGCUGGUCUUCUUCGGGUCAGCGGCUGCCGUCCAACCCUUCGACCUCGACAUUGCACGUGCUACUCCUCUGUCCUGUACUCAGGUUGGUCAUGACAAGCAAGGCCUUCCUAUCGGCUUGCAACUGAUAGGCUGUCCGUGGGGCGAGACUAGCUUAUUGAGCGUGGCUUCGGCAGUAGAGGAGCUCUGCCUGAAGAAAAGAAAUCGGCCAUCCACGUUUUACGACAUCCUGAAGACCUGAAACAUCAUCAGUAUACCAUACUAUCAAUAGUAUGUGAGAGGUCUUCCUCUGGACAGCGAGCAGGAGAAGCUCACCGUGGAGGCUGAUUUCAAAAUUUCAGAUAGAAUGGGGAAGGAUGCCGGAGAUGCCGGAAAUGAUCUCUCAGUUGGAGAUUAUGGUGCAUAUAAUUUAUUAUAUAUGUUGAUCUGGAUAGUAGUGUGACAUCCCCGGAUUAUGUGUUCAUGUGUGCAAUGACAGCAGCCUCCCAGGGUUCAAUCUUGGCGGCAAAAUCUCCACAACAAUGAGGGGGAUUCGACGAGCAUUUUGUCAAUAUCUGAUGUUACUUGUUACAUUUUUUCUGAAAUUUAAAAGCUUUCAGGUGUGUAAUGAGUUUCAGUAACAGUUUCAUUGUUUUGUUGUUAUAUGUCAUGGUUUAGAGUCGAAUGAAAUUUUCGGGCAUUUGUCGCUUAAAUCGUGGCAAGUGAGCUUCAGACUGAGGUCACGACUUCACGAGCCCAUCCUAUUGUCCUUGCCUCCAAUCCCUGAAUCCAGAAAAGACAGUGGGGUUUCGGUCCAAGAUUGCCGAGGACGAUGAGCAGCUUGGUGGUGCAGCUGCGAACGGUUGCGAUCAUCAGCAGAAGGCACGGACGCUAGGAAAUAUGCUUCAACAAGUGCAUCAGCUCACUAGGAUGACUGACACAUCAGCAGCUGAAGCAAGGGCAGGAAAGGAUAUACAAGGUAUACCAUGGGAAAGGUUACAAAUUACCAGGAAGGAUUACAGAAAAGCUAGGUUGGAACAGUACAAGAACUAUGAAAACUUCGUUCAAUCCGAAGAGCUCAUGGAUAAGGUCUUUAAUUACUAUAAAUUGUACCUGUCAAUGUUUAGGUUUACGGUAUAACAUAUCCACGCGACCAAGCAUGAUUUUUUUUUUACAAAGAAGAUGAAGAGAAUCCUAAGGGAUGUUGUAUGAACUCGCCUUUUUAUUGUACAUUUGUACCAUUGUAUCGACAAAAUUGACAAAUCGAUACAAAUUUGACAAAUCAAGUUAGAAGUUCAAUUUAUUUA